AUGGCCUUAUGUGUUCUGACUGUCUGCGCAGCCAAAGAGGAUGUCUACGCAAUCCGGAAGUGCCUUCAAAGAGGAGAAGGAAUGAAGGACGAAAAGGGGGCUUCAUGCUCCGGCUCGCCCCGCGCGGGGCUGCAGAGGGCGCUGCAGCAGCGCCAGCCUCCAGCCGGGCACUGCGGUGCAGUGAGCCGAGGGGCCGCUAGGCGCCGCUGUCCCGGGCGGGCGGCACCGCCCCCCCCGGCUCCCAUCAGCCCCCGCGCCCGCGCGCCCGCACUUCCUCUCCCCGCGCCGCCAUUGCGCCGAGGCUGCCUGCGCCACAUCAUGUCGUCCCACAAGACCUUCAAAAUCAAGCGGUUCCUGGCCAAGAAGCAGAAGCAGAACCGGCCCAUCCCGCAGUGGAUCCGCAUGAAGACGGGUAACAAGAUCAGGUACAACUCCAAAAGGAGACACUGGAGAAGAACCAAACUGGGCUUGUGAAAAGAAUAGACACUCUAAUGAGAACUCUAAUGGCACAGCACUCUGUUAAUGACCACAACUUGCUAGAAAAAAAACACCGCUGACCUACUUUGAAGGCAUGAACCUUGUCAACUUUUUAAAAAACAAAAUAGUCCCAAAACAGGAUGGUCAGAGGCAUUUUGGAACCGUUACAGCUGAAAAGUGAUGCCCUGGUGUUCUAUUAGUGUUCUUUUGUUCAACGCUCAUAUACGUAGUGACUGAAUUUGUAUGGUGUCUUUACAGGUUUGUUAAUAAAUAUGAGCUUUAAUGGUU